CCCCCGUGUUUAUUCAAUCCCUCGUAUUUAUGCGCGUGUAUAUAACGAGAAAACUAGUUCCUUCGAUGUUCCGUUACAAUCGCGCAGAUUUUCGAUCGAUCCGACUCGAGAAGGAAUAAAAUAUUCGUCGUUGGCACGCGUACGCGCGUACGGACGCGUACAUAUUCGUACGACGACGUACGUCGUUGUAGUUUUUCCAUCGAACGCUACGCGAUGUUAGCGUCUUGUGCGUUUCAUCCAAAGUUCGGCCUAGCGAAUCCAUCGACGAGGAGAGCACGGCCGAGGGCUUUGUUUCUCCGACUCUUCGUCGUUUCGUCGUCUCUUCGACGACGAUGAUUUCACGAGCAACGGAGGAGAAACGCGCGAGACAGACAGUUCCGAGUCGAACGUGAAGAGAGAACGAGAAGGGACGAUCGUCCUGACUCGCCUCGCUGCCUUUCGAAGAAUACUCGACGUUUCGUUGCUACGUGAUAUCGUAUAUUCGUGUACGUCGAGACUUUUCGAGCGGGAAAAAUCGAACUCUUCAAUUGGGAUGGCGGACUUCGAUGCGAUUUACGAGGAGGAAGAGGAGAACGAACAAAAUUUGGAAGAGCAUUACGUGACGACGGUGCCCGAUCCUAUAAUUAUUCGUGGCGCUGGAAAUAUGACGGUGUUUGGGCUCAGCAAUCGUUUCGAGUCCGAGUUUCCCAGUGGCCUGGUAUCGAGAGUAGCGCCCGAGGAAUUCAAGGCCACCGUAAUGAGAAUAAAUAGCGUGUUGAAAAAGACUUUACCAGUUAACGUCAAAUGGUUGUUCUGCGGUUGCGUAUGCUGCUGCUGUACCUUGGGAUGUUCCUUGUGGCCGGUUAUUUGUCUUAGCAAAAGGACGCAACAUUUGCUCAAUAAAUUGUUGGAAUGGGAGAACGGUAGACUGUAUCACAAACUCGGAUUACAUUGGCGACUGACCAAACAGAGAUGCGACAGCUCCUCUAUGAUGGAAUACGUACUUUUGAUCGAAUUUAUUCCAAAAAUACCAAUCUAUAGACCGGAUUAAAGAUUCGUACGAGUUUCCGUUUAUGACCUGUACGAUCGACCAGGAGUAGGAUAUAGGACAGCCAGGUUCGUCGUAUACGCCAAUUGGUAUAGAGCGGAGAAAGGCAGUAGGUAUCGCCGUAAUGCCAUAGACGUUCGAUGGAAUGCAUAUUUUUGUAAAUAUUAUGCGUAGGAAUACACGGUACAAUAAUAAAAUAGGUAUACGGGCAACAGCAGUUAGUUCUCGAUUGCGUUAUCGAUGAUGCGACGUGGAUGACGCAUCGGUCGAACGCAUUCCAACUCGUUGAUGCGACUCGACGAUACGUCGUAAAUCGGGGUCCGUCUGCGUGCGUUAUUACCAUUUACUCGAGAUAUAUCUUAGUACGAUCGAAAUACGAGCCAUUUACACUCCCACCAUCUUUCGUAACAAAGAGCGAAAGUUUUGUUGUCUGUCGUUGAAAAGUCGAGAGUUAAUAGGAAGGUAUUUUUUUUAUUUGUGGAAAAAUAUGCUCGCGAUACACUUAUCUUUCGAACGAGCGCUAUCGCGGUAUAGCGUCUAAGCGCUAUUAUUUCCAAUUUCCAAUCUACUUUUACCUACUAAUAUAUCUAGCGGUACGAUCUAUAUUGGCUAAUUAGUAUUUCAAUUCUCAGGUAAGAAAUUAAUCUCGAUCGGUACAACGAACGUAUUCAAUUUUAGGAUAUGAUGUAAAAAGUGAAGAUGACUCUAUAGACAGUUUUGUAUAAUUGUCAAAAUGUAUCGGAUUACGCGUUGGGCGUAAAUUGUGUAUAUAACUGUGUAUACGUAUAGAUUUAUUUUACGUAUGGGUUAAUUUCUUACCGCGGUGAUAUUAGAAAUUACGCUAUCUGUGUACAGCUUACAAAUUAAUUUCAAAUACAAUUUUAACCAACCAUUACGAAACGAAUUCUCUCGUUGUAUAGAAAAUUAAUAUGCUUGUGCGCUUAACUUGGUAUCGCUGACCAUCGGUGGAAAAUGUUGUUUAACAACACGACCAUUUACGAUAAGAACAGUCGUUUGCACGAAGCUGAUGGAAGAACAAAUAUCGAUCGUCAUUUCUUCGUAUCGCUCGCGAUCGUAUAUUUUGCGGGCAAUGUUGUCGGUCGGGAACAAUACCGAUGGAGACCUUUCUUCUCCGGACAGCGAUGUGCCCCAGUGUGUCUCUCUCUCUCUCUCUCUCUCUCUCAGGUUUUAUCUCUUUUUUCUUCCUUUCGUUUUGUCUCGUUUUGUUUUCGUUUCCUUCAUCGAGCGACGACUCGUCGUUGGUUCGCGACUGUUACGCGUUUCGACUUGUUAAGGACGAUUCGAUAAAAAAUUAUGCUAUAGAGAUACAAUGGUAGAAUACAAAGUGAAACUUGUAAUCCAUACAGCAUACAUAGACGAUACCUUUGUUGCUAAUUCAGUGGCUGUGAAUGAAAAGAAAAGAAGAAUAUUUUUCCAAUUGUAACGUACGUUUUAAAUAUACGCAUUUACCAACAAUUUCAUCACACUUGUAUGAAACGAACAAUGCUAUUUGUCAAAUGCUAGUCACAAUUUUCUGCAUCGGAUCUAUUUUUUUGAAAUUUGUAUUUAAUAUCGUGAUACAAUAAAGGUUCGAUAAGAGUCCGACAUUUGGCGAGUCUUAUGGAUGGAUCGGUUGUCGUCUUCGUCGGUGCGUAUGCGAGGUAUCCUAUAUGCUGGUCGAUUGAAAACGGCGUACUCUUCCGCUCCUCUAAUGAUCCCAUCCGUCUCCUCGCGGUGAAACUUUUCUUGCGAUACAACUAUACGCGUGUGCGAUACACCCGUCUCUGCGUCGCGACCAUAUAUAUCGUACACGCUGGUAUCUGCAUUGAAAUGAUAUUUACCAAGAAUAAUUCGAUGUUAUGAUAAUUGACGACAGGUGCCUUUGCAGCUUCUAAUAACAGGAGAUCAUCGCCGUUCGUUGUAGCGACAAAGUGUCCGAUGGAGGAUGUGUGAUCGAUCGAUCGUGCACGCACGAAAACCUGAUAUUUUUUAUUCCUUCUUUGAGCAUUGUAACGAUCUUUGCAUUUAAAAUGUUUUAUUAUUAUUCUUUCACUCGACCCGAAAGUGUGAAUUAGCCGUUCUUAAUAAAAGUUCGUUGUAAAUA